AGGGAAUCUAUUUUCUGAUGUGACGUCUUGUGUCGGAGAUCAGAGAUGUCGUGCCAGAAUGAGACUGGAGAACAGCGAAAUUUUUAUCCCGUCAUGGGGGUUUUCGCGCCAGUAGAGGGGGCGAAGCAACCCUGCUAACAUUAAUUAUCUCAAUCAUCUGCAAAGGCAGACCUGGAAUAAUUGAACCACCCCAGUUUCUGACUUCAAUCUCAAGGGUGUCACUUCGGGUUGCCGGAAUGUCCGACUUUCCACAAGCUGUGGGAGUUUACAGCAACUUGAAGCUGAUGUCAUUACGAGGAGAGUGACUAUGCGAUUUAUCGGUGUUUGCUAGAUCUGGCCAACUCAAGCCAUCACUGAAUCCUACAUGUCGGCAUGAAACUUGACCGAUGAGAUUCAUAAAAGACAGCAGAAGUGAUUGUCAGACGUACAGUAUUCAUCAUCCAUGACCUACAACAACGCCAACACCUUUUCUUCUGACAAGGUCGCCACCCCAGAAGUGCCCGGAUUGUUGAACGGCGGGACAUUUUUGGUGGCUUCACCGGGCGAUCGUACAUUGCCUGAUAAUGUCAGUUGCCUCUUUUUCUUGAAAUCUUCGAAUUACUCAUCCUCGAAGUCAUCAUGUUCUGCAGGAUUCUUGGGACUGCCCCAAUGGCCUACUUCGGAGCUGGAUUCGGAUGCCUUUGGCACUACGGAUGGUGUAUACGAAGACUCUGGGAGCGAUCUCAAUGAGAUCAGCCAGUCUCCUCUAGUACUAGAGAGCCGGGAUACCGGGGAUCUCCAGCUUGCCAUAAUUCAGGCUGAGACCGUGCCUCAAAAGUUGUAUCAGCCGCGAGGAAAAACUGAGCUAGAGAAGUAUGUGCACACGGCGAAUCUGUCUUCGCCUAUCCUGUUCUACGCGGAGAAGCCAUCUGAGCUGGGUAUAGCUUUGGAAGAGAUUCUCAAAAGUAAUUCGAGAUGUCUCGGCGAUAGGGAUGACCUGGUAUUUGAAGGGGGUGGCCGGACUAUCUCAGUGAGAAUAGAGUGGCCUGGUUAUCGUCGCUGGAAUUGUCAGCUCCCUACCAAAGACUAUCGCAAGACACCAGGCCCCAUCACCAAGGCAAAACUUGCAAAGAACCUUGCCACCUGCAUUCGCAGAUUUAUUCAGAAAAUGGCGAAUCAACCUAUGGAGGCCGACUCUGAUCCUAUGUGGAUGAUUAGUCCCCAUCACAUAAAAUUUGAAGAUCUCGUACUCGUCAGUUUGGAUCAUGUGUCACAAGGAAGCUGGCAGCCUCAGUUACGACUUCGACAACAGGACUAGGAGUUAUUCGCAGCUUUGACGGCCACUUGUACACACGUGGCAUAACGGGUCCAUUUAAAUUCUAUUGCAAGUCGUUACACCUUAAAUUUCUCGUUCUUUCAUAUUCAACAUGGUGUGCAUUAUGCUUUCCGUCGUCUUGUUUUCGUAGCUAUCCGAUACCCGAAUUUUAAUCUGCAACUCUG